UUUUCUACUAUUCUGUCAAAAUAAUAUGAUUUAGAGGUACCCUAAUCAGACUUCGAGAUUUCAUUUCAGAAAUGAGAAUGCACACGCUUUACGCCUUAUCAACUAUUACUUCCCUUCCCCUUCUGGGCGGGAAAAAAAGCAAGAUGGCUGGUUGUGACUGCCAAUUUGUUCCGCCCCGCUCCGCCCAUAGAAUUACUACAAUCCUUCCAUAAAUUUUGAAUUUAUUAGCAAAGUGGAGCACUACUACUGAGCUCUAGUCAUGCCAUCCUACUUAGUGACAGUGGCGACGGGAAAUCAGUGGUUCGCAGGGACCGACGACUAUAUCUACCUUACCUUGGUGGGCUUAGCCGGCACGAGCGAGAGACACCUACUUGACAAGCCCUUCUAUAAUGACUUCGAGCGCGGUGCUACUGAUACUUAUGAAGUUACAGUGACAGAGGACUUGGGGGAAAUCCAACUGAUAAAAAUUGAAAAGCGGAAGUACUGGUUUCCUGAUGAUUGGUACCUUAAAUAUAUCACUGUGAAAACACCAGUUGGUGAUUACCUGGAGUUUCCAUGUUACACGUGGAUUACAGAUGAAAAAGAGGUGAUUUUCCGAGAUGGUCGAGCCAAGCUUUUUGAUGAUGAGAAAACUCAAAUCCUUAAGCACCACAGACGUAAGGAAUUGGAAGAACGCCAGAAGUUGUAUAGAUGGGCAGAAUGGCAUCCAGGUUUUCCUUUGAACAUAGAUGCCAAAUAUAAGGAAUUGCCUCGCAACAUCCAAUUUGACAGUGAAAAGGGAGUUGACUUUAUCUUGAAUUACACCAAAGCAAUGGAAAAUCUCUAUAUCAAUCGUUUCAUGCAUAUGUUCCAAUCCUCUUGGAGUGACUUCGCAGAUUUUGAGAAGAUCUUUGUCAAAAUAAGUAAUACAAUAUCUGAAUAUGUAAUGCAGCACUGGCAAGAAGAUUUUAUGUUUGGAUACCAGUUUCUGAAUGGCUGCAAUCCUGUAUUAAUUAAAAAAUGCAUAGAACUACCAAAAAAGUUCCCAGUGACCACAGAAAUGGUAGAAUACAGUUUGGAGAGAAAUCUAACUCUGGAGCAGGAAAUAAAGCUAGGAAAUAUUUUCAUUGUGGACUAUGAACUUCUAGAUGAUGUUGACGUCAAUAAGACAGACCCCUGCACAGUACAGUAUUUGGCUGCUCCUAUCUGCUUAUUGUAUAAGAAUUUGGAGAAUAAAAUUAUCCCUAUUGCAAUUCAGAUAAAUCAAGCUCCUGAACAAAGCAAUCCUAUCUUCCUUCCAUCUGAUGCUAAAUAUGAUUGGUUAUUAGCCAAAAUAUGGGUACGUUCCUCUGAUUUCCAUAUACAUCAGACUGUGACUCAUCUGCUUCGGACUCACUUAAUUUCAGAAGUUUUUGCAGUGGCUAUGUUCCGACAAUUGCCUGCAGUCCAUCCUCUCUUUAAGCUCCUGAUACCUCAUGUACGGUUUACAAUAGCUAUAAACACCAAAGCUCGAGAGCAACUUAUCUGUGAAUAUGGACUUUUUGACAAGGCAAAUGCCACUGGAGGUGGUGGGCAUGUGCAAAUGGUCCAGCGAGCAAUGAAACAUCUUACCUACAGCUCUCUCUGCUUUCCUGAAGAAAUCAAGUCAAGACAUAUGGAAAGCAAUGAGAAUAUUCCGUACUACUACUAUCGGGAUGAUGGAGUUAAAGUAUGGGAUUCAAUCAAAAGUUUUGUGACAGAUAUUAUUAACAUAUAUUAUGGAAGUGAAGAAGCAGUGUGUGAAGACUUGGAACUCAAGGCUUUUGUGAAGGACAUCUUUGUCUAUGGGAUGAGGGGCAACAAGGAUUCAGGAUUUCCUAAGACAAUUAAGACACGAGAAAAGCUUUCUGAAUAUCUUACCGUAGUAAUAUUUACAAGUUCAGCACAACAUGCAGCUGUAAAUUUUGGUCAAUAUGAUUGGUGUUCCUGGAUUCCAAACGCUCCUCCAACUAUGCGCUGCCCACCACCUACAGAAAAGGGGAAAACCACCAUUGAAUAUAUCAUCAAGAGUUUACCUGACAGGGGACGGUCUUGUUGGCAUCUUGGUGCUGUUUGGGCUUUGAGUCAAUUUCAAGAAAAUGAAGUGUUUCUGGGAAUAUAUCCAGAUGAACACUUCACAGAGAAGCCAGUAAAAGAGGCCAUGAGGAAAUUCCGCAAGAAUCUUGAUGGAAUUGCCAGUUACAUUGCUGAACGUAACAGGAACAAAAAACUUCCCUAUUAUUAUCUUUCCCCAGAUCAAAUUCCUAAUAGUGUGGCUGUCUAAUUUUUUUAAAAAGUAACAUUUAGUGUAUCUAGCCAAAUGGAAAAUUAUCUAAAGCAUUAAAAAAUUAUAAUCAUUUGCACAAAAUGGUAUAGGAUCUCCUGCUUGAGCAGAGGGUUGGACUAGAAAACCUUCAAACUCCCUUCCAACCCUAUUAUUCUAUGUUCCAUAACAACAGAAAAAAUUUACUUGUUUGUUUUAGAAAGUACUUCUAUAAAAACUUGCUACUAUUAUACUAUAUUUUAUUUAAGAUAAAGUACCAUAACUGCUAAAUAUUGCUGAUCAGAAAAAAAUGAAAAUAUUCUGAUUUGUAAAUGCUGUGCAGAGCAAAUGUAUGUGACUCUGACCUUCAAAUGUUUUAAAACUACCCAGCAAGCCUAACCAGCAUAAUCAGUGGGAAAGAAACCAAGAAGAGCAGCAAUAUUUCAUGGGCAUAGUUCUCAUGCUCUCACCAAGAAUAAUUUGUGUUUCUUUACUGCAGAUGUGAAAACCAGUAAUAA